UUUUGAGUCGGUGGCCAAACAUAUAGUGGAAGGGUGUAUAGAAGGGUAUAAUGGAACAAUUUUUGCUUAUGGUCAGACUGGCUCUGGAAAAACAUACACAAUGGUUGGACCAGGUUCUUUAAGAGGGCUUAUCCCAAGAGCUGUGUUUUACAGUUCUUCAAUAAUAUCAACUCAAGAAGCAUGUGAUACUUUUAUUUUUGAAGUCAAAUGUACUUUUGCACAAUUGUAUAAGGAAAGGUUAUAUGACCUUCUGAGCAACUUAGAAAUUCAUCUUGAUGGUCAUGGGAACACGGUUUUAAUGGGUGCUGAGGAGCGUGUUGUAAACACGGUCUCAGACUUGAUAUCAAUUGUUGACGAAGGGCUAACUAGAAGACAUGUUGCUGAAACAGCAAUGAACGCCGAAAGUUCUCGUUCUCAUGCAAUUUUAACAUUAACUGUGAAGACUACGAGUAGUAGUGGUGGUAUAACAGUUCACAAGCAUUCCAGGCUGAAUCUUGUUGACCUGGCUGGGAGUGAGCGGCAAAAAGAUGCCAUGUCUUCUGGAGAACGUUUGAAAGAGGCCUCUUCCAUUAAUCGUUCGUUAUUAAUGCUUGGAAGGGUUAUUCGUGCGUUAUCAGAUCCUGAUUUUAAGCAGGGCUCCUAUGUAGCAUAUCGGGACUCAACGCUGACACUUUUACUAAAAGAUUCCUUGGGCGGUAAUGCACAAACGGCAGUGAUUGUGACAGUUCAUUCUAACAAGAAGUGCGCUUGA